AAAAGGAAGGUCAAAUCAAAAUCAAAGUACCCUUAAAUUCAGUUUUCAGAGAACAACAUACUUCAAUUCUUGUUUAGAGAGAGAAACUAACUAAACCUCGUAUUCAAGAACAAAACAUAUCUAUGUCUAUCUCUAUCUGAUUAAUAUUGAAAUCUAGUUAAAGUUUUAUAUAUUUUUAUAACUAUAGUUUUUGAUGAAGAUAUGACUUCUCUUUCUAUGUGUUUCAAAAGUUCAGACAUUAUUUUCACCCAUCCUUCCUAUCUUUAUGGAUAAUAUUAUUAUUAUUUUCUUGCAUAAAAGAUUACUGUAAAAUGAAACUUGAGCCCAUCCUUUCUCUCUCUCUUAAAACUCUCUCUCUCUAUACACAUAUAGUGAUUGAUAUAGGACAUAUAAGUGUGUGUGUAGAUAGAUAAACACAUAUAUACAUGUGGCUAUCUAUUUUUCUAUACUUCAAUCUAUCCCCCCCCCCCCUCUCUCUCCUCUCUCUCUCUCUCUCUCUCUCUCUCUCUAACACACACUGUCUGAGAAUGAUAAUCUAUGAUAUGGAUAUUAUGUUGUUAUGAGAUCUGACUAUUGGAAAUUAACACCUCUUCUUGCAGUUGUUCAAUGAUGAUGAUGAUGAUGAUGUGAUGAUGACAACACGUGCACAAUCAUCAUAUGUCCAUCACUAACAUCUCUUUAGGUUUCUUUUGAUCUUAUUUUCUGGGAAUUAAUUCAACUAUUCAAGCAGAUAUUUUCAGUUAAUUAUUCAGUUGCGUAUGGGUUGAGAAAACAGAUAGAAGAAAAUUGUCCUAAAAAGAUAUAAAAAAAAAAAAACAUCUAUGGCGACUUAUUACAAUGGAAAUUCAGAAAUUCAAGGUGGAGAUGGGCUACAAACACUAGUUCUAAUGAAUCCAGGAUAUGUAUAUUACUCUGAUACACAACAAUCCACACAAUCACAACCCGCGAAUUUCGGUUUUCUUGAUUCCAAUCAUCCUGGAAACCAUCCACACGCAAACAUGGCGCCACCACCGCCUGCGACUCAACAGCUCGUUGGCAUACCGCUGUCGGCAUCACCACCGUCAUCUGUCCACUCCCAACACGACGUAUCGUCGCUACACUCGUUCAUCCCACGAGCCCAGUACAUGUACAACCCGGUUGAGUUGGUGCAAGCGUCCCCGCGUGAGGUUACGCCUUUUCAACAAGGUCUUUCUUUAAGUUUAUCUUCUCAGCAAUCAAGGUACGCGUCUCAAGCCGCCAGAGUGCCGAUUUCUCCCACUGGUGACAACCGAAGAGCGGCUAUUGGUGCUGGUGGUGGUGGAUCCACAUCAUCAGCAUCCGGGGGGGUUUCGAAUAACAUGCUGUUGAACUCGAAGUAUUUGAAAGCGACACAAGAGAUACUAGAAGAAGUGGUGAACGUUGGAAAAGUAGCGCUCCAGAACCCCGAUCAACCAACGAAGAAUCUCGGGAUUACAGGAGGCGAUGGUGGAUCACCGACAGCGGUCACUGGAGAAGCUGAAACCGUCACCAAGUCCGCCAGUGCAGCUGAACUUACGACGGCAGAACGACAAGAAAUUCAAAUGAAGAAAGCAAAACUUGUUAACAUGCUUGAUGAGGUGGAGCAGAGAUACAAACAAUAUCAUCAACAAAUGCAACUAGUGAUAUCAUGGUUUGAACAAGCAGCCGGAAUCGGGUCUGCGAAAACAUACACAGCACUCGCUUUACAAACAAUCUCAAAGCAAUUCCGGUGCCUAAAAGACACGAUUAUGGGACAGAUCAAGGCCGCCAGCCUUAGUUUAGGGGAAGAAGAUGGUAAGGCGGAUGGUGGUGGUUCGAGGCUGAAAUUUGUGGAUAAUCAACUCCGACAACAGCGAGCUUUGCAGCAACUGGGAAUGAUCCAACACAAUGCUUGGAGACCCCAACGAGGAUUGCCUGAACGUUCUGUUUCGGUUCUUCGUGCCUGGCUUUUCGAACACUUUCUUCACCCUUAUCCGAAGGAUUCAGACAAACAUAUGCUCGCGAAACAAACAGGUCUUACUAGAAGCCAGGUUUCGAAUUGGUUUAUCAACGCUCGAGUAAGGCUAUGGAAGCCAAUGGUCGAGGAGAUGUACCUCGAGGAAAUCAAGGAACAAGAACAGAACGGAACGGAAGCGAGUAAAACAAACAACAACGACGAAACCGACGAGAAUUCAUCGUCCAAACACGAGAAAAGCCUUUCGCCAGAAAACACAAACAGAGGAUUCCGAACGGCAAAACAAGAGAAACCAUUCCAUCCGCCGCCAUCAAUGGCCAUUUCGACUAGUGUCUCAACAUCUCCGACCGCCACGGGAAUCAAUUUCCAAAACCCGUCGGGUUUCAGCCUCAUGGGACCGCUAGAAAUGGAGGGAAUCACACAGUUCAGCCCGAAAAAACCGAGAAACGAGCUGCAGCAACAGAAUCAGGACGGAGGUGGAAAUUUCACGCUUACUGGCGCCAACCCAACCGAUUUCAUGGGCGGACUCGGUGGCUACCCUAUUGGCGAGAUCGGGCGGUUCACCGCUGACCAAAUCCAACAGCACUACUCCGGUAACGGAGUCUCGUUGACUUUAGGUCUACCACACUGCGAAAACCUAUCGAUAUCCGGGAAUCACCAUAAUUUCCUCACUAACCAAAGCAUCCAGCUCGGAAGGGGACCGGAGUUAGGGGAAGAAAACGAUUACAACACGAUGAACCCGACAUCUUCUUCACACACAGCAGCGUUGUACGAGUCGAUGAAUAUUCAAAACCGGAAGAGGUUUGCUGCACAACCUCUGCCGGAUUUUGUUGCUUGAACAAGAUCAAGAAAUCAAGAAACUAAAACAAGAUACACCUUAGAACGGAUUCGAUACUUCGACGAAGAACAAGAAUCAUUAGAGUUCUAUAUAGAUACAGAUUAGGUUUUUCAUGAAUCAUACCAUGAUUUAUCAUUUAAGGACUGUAUAUUAAUUUUGUAUCAGCAGAUGCAUAGAUGGAUUUUAUGUAUGUAUGUAUGUAUGUAUGUAUGUAAAACUAGUUAUAUAUAUAUAUAUUUGGAUUGGGGGUAUACAAAAAACAAUAUUUAUUAUAAUCA